AUGCGGUUCGCAGUCAUCGCGGCGCUCGCGCUGGCGGUCGUGGGCGGCGCCGCCGCCGCGGCAGGCGCGACGCUGGCGAGCCACAUGCCGGCCGCGCAAACCGGCGCGUCCGCAGUCGAAAAGGAGCUGCCGUGCUGCGUUCCGCUUGGCAGCAACAUGCAGCUGCGAUAUGCCGUCAACGCGUCAGCGGGGCGGCUCGAGCUGGCCUUGAUCGGCGCCCUCAACCAGCACGCGUGGAUGUCGUGGGGGCCGGCGGACCCGCGGGCGACAAACAGGCUCAUGGGCAGCGCUGACGUCAUCGCAGGCGGCUUCUCAGACAUCAACAGCGCCCCCUGGGUUUCAGACUUCUUUCUGUCUAGCUACACCCCGUGCGACCUCUCAGACCCGCCUUCGGGCACCUGCCCGGAUUCCGCCCUCAACAUAAACCCUAAAACCGGCGCCGUGCUCGCCAAGACGCCCGCCGCGGCGCUCGCCCUCAACAACGUGAAGCUCGUCUCCGCCUCGCGCGCCGACGGGAUCACCACUCUGCGGGUGUCGCGGCCGCUGGCGGCGGCGGACGUGCUUGAUCACAAGAUUGACCCCGCCGCCGCCCUCAACUACAUUUGGGCCCACGGGCAGCUCUCGGCGCCAGACCCUGCCGCGACGCCGCAGGCGCGCGACCCGGCAGUACGCCUACGCCAGCACGGCUCGUCCCGGGACGCGUACGGCGAGAUGGAGCAGUUCAAGCUCUCCUCCUGCCCCAAAGCCUGCCCCAAGCUCGUCCCCUCUGGCGAGAAGGACCCCCCGCCGCCGCCGCCGCCCGUCGCGCCCGCGCCUGCCGCGGCCAAGGCCGCCGACGUCGGGCCGCUGCUGCUGGCCGGCAACGGCGCGCGCGUGUCGUGGGAGCUGAAGAAGGGCGCGGCGGGCGCGAGCGGCGUGCUGUUCUCGUUCAAGGCUGCGAAGAAGUCGCAGUGGGCGUCGCUGGCAAUCGGGGAGGAGAUGGUGGGGGCGCGGUCCUACAUCGUCUGGAAAGACGGCAAGACCGGCGCGCUCAAGUCGGGCGUGUACGACCUGGAGUCUUACAAAGCCGCCGGGAUCAAGCUCCUGCCCCCUCCGCCGGCCGCCGGCCCGACCGCAUCGCCGCACGGGGGGGUCGUGUCGAUGGCGGCCGGCAAGGACGGCCUGCUGUCGUUUGACGCGUGGGUGCCGCUGCCGCAGGGCGCCAAGACGCUGCCGCUGCUGUGGGCGCUCGGGGACGACUGGACGCAGCCCCCCAAGGAGGUCGCGCGGCACUAUGACUGGUCCAGCAAGGCCACAAAGGUUGAUGUCACAGUGUCAAGGGCGGCCGCGCCGCCAAAGGCGCGAAAGGUCAUGGUUGCGCCCCCCAACUGCACCCUCAAGCACCAGUCCGAGAUCCUGCGGCUGGGGGACGGCUGGUGCGACGAGCUGGCGCCCUACAACACGCCGGAGUGCGCCUACGACGGCGGCGACUGCUGCAACGCCAAGGCGCCCUUCUACGACUGCCGCGACCCCAAGUCACCCCUCUUCGGCAAGGCCUCCCCCCGCGGCCUGCGCCUGCCUGCGCCGCGCAACCCUCGCUACACCGAGGGCAUGGGGCGCGUGCUGUCCACCAAGCAGCUGGUCACGACCUACAACAACUUUUACGAGUUCUCUACGGACAAGAACGCCUACGCCUACGUGACCCCCGAGGCCCGCCAGGCGAUGGAGCUUGCCAACCCCAAGUUUGGGGGGUGGGCCAUCACCAUUGACGGCCUGGUGGCCAAGCCAAUGAAGCUUGACGUGCGUGACAUCAUCAACAUGUUCCACAUCGAGGAGCGCAUCUACCGCCACCGCUGCGUCGAGGCGUGGGCCAUCGUGGUCCCUUGGAUCGGCUUCCCCCUGCGCAAGCUGGUGACCGCCCUGAAGCCCCUUCCUGGCGCCAAGUACAUCCGCUUCGAGACCGACACGGGGCCCUACCUGCCAAACAUCAAGUCGGCCAUCAGCCCCAACGCGCCCUGGCCGUACGUGGAGGGGCUCGCAACCUUUGAGGCGAUGAAUGAUCUGGCCUUUGUCUCCAUCGGCCAGUUCAACUCCACGCUCACGGCCCAGUCCGGCGGGCCCAUCCGCCUGAACCGGCCCCUCAUACUCUCCAUCCGGCGGCGUGGGAGUGUCGACCCCGGCCUUCCCGACUGUUGGUUUUAA